CUUUCCAGAACCGAGAAAAAAAAAAAAAAAAAAACAGAAAUUCUCUCUCGUAACUAUUCAUUCUACCAUUUUCGUGGCCUUCUGCAAAUUUCCAAAUCCAGGUUUACAUUCAAAUCCCACCACCGCCACUGCCUUGUGCAAAUUCAUCAUUAUGACCGAAAAGGAUAGUAAUCAUUCAGUGAGUAAUUAUACAAACGGUGGAAGGUCAAUGAAUCAUGACGGAGAGUUGAAUGAUGAAACUCAGGAUAGAGAAAGAGCAGUUGGUGAGGAACUUCAGGCUGAUCUUGACAGAAGAAAUGAUGGGGAGGUCGGAGGCGUGUCUCAAGAAGAUCUAGCUGCUGAAUCACCUCAGGAGGCUGAGAAAGAGAAGAGCGAGAAUCACUGCUCGUCCGCAGAUCAUGAUCCUAUGCUGGACUCGCUCUCCACCCUCCAGGCCCUUCAAGAAGCACUUGAAAGAGAACUUUGGGGCUUCAGAGAAAUUAAAAAAGAAGAUUCUAUCACCAUCUCAAAUAGUUGCUCAAAAAAGGAAGAAAAGAGUGUUGGAAUUGCGUUGCAUCGGAGAACUAGCGACCUUGAAAGUGAGGUUGAGGCUCUCUUCAGACAGAAAAUUGAAGCUGAAGUUGAGUAUUUGACUGUAUCAAGAGCGGUCAAAAAGUUGAGAGUUGCAGCAGCUGAACAAGUUAACCUCUUGGAAGAACAAAAGAAAUUAGCUUCAGAACAAGCGCAGAUUGUUAAAAAGCUUGGAGAAGCAGAAUUGAUGGCUGCAACCCUUAAAACACAGGCUACGAAGUUUGAGAAUUGCGGUGAAGAUAUCAUGACCAUUGAUGAAAUGCUAAAGCUACAGAAGAGAGUGUGUAAGUACAGCACUUGUUUUUUAUUACAGUUGGUGUUGCUGGUUGUCGUUGGGCUGUUUCUCUUGCAGAUAUCACCCGAUUAUGCUGAAGUUGUACCCACGUAAAUUGUAGAAGUGAACUUUUGCUUCCAUUUUUUGUGUACUGUUACCAUCGUUGAACAGUCUUGAAUAUUAAUUAUUUACUUUUAGAUGUUUGUAGAUAGAUGGACCUCCUGGUUUCCAUUUUUGCCCGCCGCUAUUGAAUUUUAGCAAUUAAAAUAGAAGAUGAUCUGUUUCUGCGAUUGAUCGCCGGGCAAUUAUGGACCUACUUGGGUUGUAAGGUCCCCAAAAGUUUCUUAUUUUGCGGUGUAUGGUAUUGACUAGAAAUGAUUCUUUAGGAAAAUGUUUUCUAUGAACAAGUCAUUAUCUGGUAUAUUGGUUAUCAGAAAUGAUUUCUGAUCACAUUGAACACAUAAA